UGUUAAUGAAACGACUUCCCAAAUACCAUUAUUGUCUUCUUUUCGAUUGCAUAUAUUUUCUUUCAAUUAAAGGAGGAGAACGGAUAGGCCCAUAUAACCACUCCCGGGUUUUUAAUUCAAUAGUAUUUUUAUAGGCUAUUUUCAUUAUAGGCCUAGCCACAACUAAGUCUCAUUUUUUAGUAAUACUCAAUUAAUUUACCGGUUUAUAUUGACAGGAAUAAAUUUACUUCAAAAGGUUCUAAAGGCAGUAGUUCUUAACCUUGGUAAUUGAAAUUGAAACGUAAAAUCACCCACUGUCUAGAACCCCGCCGCAAUGCGAGGCCGCCUAUUGGUCUAUGGGACAAUUCGAACAGCGAGUCGUUCACCCGCAGGAUUCGGACCGACCAAUCAGCGGUUGGCCCCCCCCCGCCUGAUCCUAUCAGGGAGCCGGGCGUGACGUCAGAGCGGUGCACAGGCCCGUGAUUGGCUUGUUGAAGGGUUUGAUUGACAGGGUGUGGUAAGGACCAGGGGGCUGGCGCGCGGGCGCUGUCCACACCAGAGCAGGUCCUGAAACUCGGCGUGCGCUCCUCACGCUGCAGCCUCUCAACCUUCUAACCGAAUAGAGCUCACGGUGGGAACGUUUACGCGAGGAACAAUACUGGGUUUUUUUUUUUCUCUCCCCCUGUUCCACACACAGCGACAUUCCUGUACAGACACACACACUCAUCCCUGGGAUUCUACGUGUGUAUGUGUGACAGUGUGUGUUUGAAGAGAGACAAAACGAGCCAACUGAAUCACACCCUUGACAGCAGCUUCACAUAAUGAGCCAUUUAACUUCACUUGCUUCGUGGCCCAUCUCUCAUUUUCGUUUUUAAAAAACUUUUCAAUUUGAUCUCUGUCUAAAAUGUGCCUCCCAGUUUCUCCCCCCCCCCAGCGCGCUUUCACGGAAGCCACGACAACAGUGAAGGAGUUUAAGUGUUUCUGGAACCGGAGGAUUUGAGGAGAAGAGUAACGUUCUUUUCCCAACGGUCACUUGCUGGAGCAAUGUUGUAGCCGAUGAAUCAACUGGACACUCAACAUACCGGGGAUUUCUAACGAAUGGUUCUCCUACCGGAGGCAAGAAGGAUUCUAACGGGGGGCUCGAGUCAGACCGGUGAGAGGGAGCAGCGUUUACCGUGUGUUCACCGUGUGAAUGACAGCAGCUUCUCUUCGGUUCAGUCACAGUUCAGGGGUCAGGACCAACGGACCGAGAAGGCGACCGAGAUUCCGUUACGAGGGGUGUGCAAUAGACUAACACGUUUCGGUCUCGGUCUAUUUUGUCUAUAAUAACUUUCACGUUAUUCAAUUAUUUUUUGGACUUACUCGUCUUUCAAUCAGAAAUGUCCUGUUGAAGGAUUGGGACCGUGAUUGAUGUGUUUUCUCUGCCGGCCUUGGAGGCACCUAAGCCGGAUAGUUAGAAUGAGUAACCCCGCUGAACUCCCAAUGAAGGAACCGGAGUCAUUUGAGUUUUGAUUAUAAUUCUUACACAAUUAUUACAAACUCUAUAAUCAGUUACAAACUCUAUAAUUUUUUUUAAACAACAUUUAUUUUUGUUGUAUUAUUCGUUAGCUUAAAAAAAUAAAUAAUAUUAUAUUUAAAAAAUAUAUAAUAUUUUUUAUUUUUUAUUUUGGAGGGACCAGUCUCUUCGUGGCUUAACGGUUUCUUGGUGUUUUGGGUUUUUGAAACGCACCCAUCAUCUCUGGGGUUGUGAGCGCAAGAGAGAAAGGCGCACCCGGUGGGCCUCGUGAAGACGUUCAUACCGUAGGGGCCUCCAUCCCCCAGCCGUGAGAGCCAGCUACGAUGGAGAUUCACUGUAAACACGACCCGUUCGCUGCGAUGCACAGACAUGGAGGGGUGAAUCAGUUAGGAGGCGUGUUCGUGAACGGCAGGCCCCUCCCAGAUGUGGUGCGAACGCGAAUCGUAGAGCUGGCUCACCAAGGGGUCCGCCCCUGUGAUAUCUCUCGACAGCUCCGGGUCAGUCACGGAUGUGUCAGCAAGAUACUGGGGAGGUACUAUGAGACAGGAAGUAUCCGUCCCGGGGUGAUUGGAGGAUCCAAACCAAAGGUUGCUACACCCAAAGUGGUGGAUAAGAUCGCCGACUACAAACGCCAAAACCCCACCAUGUUCGCCUGGGAGAUACGAGACAGACUACUGGCUGAGAGAGUGUGUGACAACGAUAGUGUUCCCAGUGUCAGCUCUAUCAACAGGAUCAUCAGGACCAAAGUCCAGCAGCCUCCGGGUCAGUCAGGACCUCUCUCUGCUCAUAACCUGGCGUCGUCGGUGGCGUCGACACAGGUUUCUGCGGUGACCAGUGACUCGGCUGGCUCCUCCUACUCCAUCAGCGGCAUUCUGGGUAUCAGCUCAGCUAACGACGGCAAGCGGAAGAGAGACGAUGCCCUCCAGGAGUCUCCUCUAGCCAAUGGCCAUGGUCCAGGAGGGCGGGAUUUCCUGAGGAAGCAGAUGAGAGGGGACCUGUUCUCGCCGCAGCAGAUUGAGGUAUUGUCACCGGGCAGAAGUCUUAUUUUACAAGGCCAUAGUAGUACUGUUGCCCCUGGAGCAAAUUACGGUUAAUUGCCUUGCUCAAGGGCACAUCGGCAAAUUGUUCACCGUGCUGUCUAGAUGUGGUUGUGGGUUGUAGAAACCUAGCCUGUGAUUUCAGUAGUAUGAUAGAGAUGUGGUUGUGGGUUGUAGAGAUAACCUACUCUGUGUUUCAGUAGUAUGAUAGAGAUGUGGUUGUGGGUUGUAGAGAUAACCUACUCUGUGUUUCAGUAGUAUGAUAGAGAUGUGGUUGUGGGUUGUAGAGAUAACCUACUCUGUGUUUCAGUAGUAUGAUAGAGAUGUGGUUGUGGGUUGUAGAGAUAACCUACUCUGUGUUUCAGUAUGAUAGAGAUGUGGUUGUGGAUUGUAGAG